AUGAAUCUGUUGGAUAAAGAUCUUGAGAAUGAGAAUGAAGAGCAGUUAUUGCAACGUAAAUAUAUAUAUUGGUCAAAAGAGGAAAAAAUAUUUGUGAUGCAGCAGUUGCAUGAUAUUUUGAAUGAUGGGUAUCAACAGUUGGACAGAUAUAUCAAGACGAUUACAAAAAGGAUGGCACCUGUCGUAUGCUAG